AUGUUGUAUUCAGUCUUCAUUAUUAUUUUUCUUUUACUCCCUCGAUAUGUUCAUAAUAGUUGUUGUCGUUUACCAUUUACGGAUGGUGAAUGUCAGGUUAAUCGAAAAGGUCCACAUCGAUAUCAAAUUAUGCCUGAUCGUCGUUCAGGUCUUGUCAUGGAAAGUACAGAAUGUUAUAUAAAUGAUUUUGAUACAAAUUAUCGAAAAUUAAUUACAAAAAGAAAUUAUUGUAAUGAUUGUCCUGGUUUACUUAUUUUUCAUACGAAUUCAUCGGAAAUUUUCUUAUUUCCAGAAUAUCUCGAACGUAUUUUAGAAGGACGAACACAAAUACAACGAAAAAAUGUCGUAAUAUUAACAACUUCACUUACUGGAGCAUAUGAUUUAGAUUUUACAUUUUUUUCACGUUAUUAUUCUGCUCGUCCAGUAAGUGAAGUUCCUUCACUUUAUAUUGAUUUACAAUUACCAGUAUACGAUCCGAAACAAGAAACACAACCAAGUUUACGUCUUCGUAUACCCAAUUAUAAUUACGAUCAAGAAGGUUUAUCAAAAAUUAGUAGACAAGAAUUAAUUAAUCCAUUAAUUAAUAAUGAACAGACUAUGUCUAAUGUUCAUCAAUUACCUUAUAUUUAUCAUUUCGAUAUAGAAAAACAUCGUUAUCCACCAAAUCAAUGUACUUUAUAUGAUGUUCAAAUUUCAUCAUCUAAUCUCAUUUGGAAAAUUUUAGAUUCUGCAGUAUCAACAUGUCAUACAUUUAUGCCUUAUUUUGGACAAAAUAAAUGUUUUGCAACAGGUUUUACACGUCUAUUUUGUCCAAUUGAACAGAGUAUAUUAUUAAAUGAUCGUCUACAAUUAUUAUCGUAUUCUAAAACGACAAAUUCUGUUGAACGUUUAACCAUAGCUGUAACUGGUGGUCGUCAUAUUCAUAUGUUCUUAAGGAAUGAUCAAAUGACACCUGCUCAACAAGUUAAAAUUCUUCUUCUGCAAGGUCAUUUAGUAGUGACUGAUAUUAAUGUUAAUUUACCUAUACGAGUUGAAUAUGGUUGGAAUUGUGAUGAUUUUAGUCUUAGUGUUCCAAUAGGUUCUAGUACAACUCGAUACCGUCGUUUUGAUGGUGAAAAUUCGGUUAUUUAUGAAGGAAAGAGUAUUGUUCCUCUACCAGAUUGCUUUCGAUUAGUAUCUAAUGUAAUAAAAAUACCAUCAUCAUCAAUUAUAACAAGUACUCUUAGUUCUUCUACUAUUGAUUUGAAAUUUGAUGAAAAACAAAUAAUAAUAUCAGAUCUAUCAGAAACAAAUAUCAUAAUUAAUUUAAAUCAAACAAAUACAACAAUAGAUAAUCAACAAAAUAUUUUAUCACACUAUUGGAAUAAUUUAUCUGAUUAUAAUAAUUUGGCUUAUGGUGCAAUGAUUUUAUUAAUUUUAGUUACUCUUAUUUCUUUAUGUCUUUUUGUUUUCUAUCGUAUAUAUUGCAGUCAACAUCGUAAAUCAAAAUGGACAUUGGAUCAUGGUUCUCAUACGAAUCCAGCUUAUAAGAGUUCUAAAGAUGAUCCAAGUGAUAUUCCAAACUCAGUUAAUUCUUCGACAAACAAUACUAAUGAUUGGCAUCGAUUGUUAUUAACUCGUCUUAAGCCUGGUGUUACAGGAAAAUAUCGAAUGACAAGAAAAAAUGGCAUUAAAUCAGGCAUAAUUUCAUCAACAUCGUUUGACGAUUCAAAUGUGAUAUUACGAUCAUACAAUGAUGAAUCAUCCAUAAAUACAUUGAAACAACUUGAUUCUUCAACAGAAAAUUCAAUAAGAAGAGACAACCAUUAUGUAAAAAAUUCUACGUCAAAUCGAUCUGAUGAUCAUAUUACUUCACUCAAGCGACGAGUCAGAAAACAACAAAUGAGAUAUCUACAAAAUCAAACAAGUUUUAUUCAAGACAUUUCAUUUCAAUUAUCCUCAUCAACUGAUCUCCUGUCUAUACCAUAUUCCAAACGAAGCAGAUCACCACAUCGUUUUAGAGCACCGAAAAUAAGUUAUGUUGUUCCAUUACCAUCAUUAAUGAAUUCCACCAGAGCAGUACCAACUCAUUUACAUGACAUUAAGUUGAACCUUUAUGGAUAUUAA